AACCGGGUUGGCGCAGAAUAGCUGCUCAGUGCUCGUCGAACGGCGCCGCGCUGCGACGGGACGAUGCCGCCGCGCCCUGCGCCACCGAUCGACCGAUCUCAGAUGGUGUAAUCCGUGGGAGCCAAUGAUCAAUUUCAUCUGCGAUCCUUGCUGAAAUCAGUCGAUCGAUCGUCGAUCAUCGCAAGCGGGGCAAGAAAUCAAGAUGUGACGCAAUGUAUCUUUGACGGUUUCGCAUUAAAGACCAGACGCAUAGCGGUGGACUUAUAAUAAGGGUAUUCUGGACGACAUGAACUCGAGCGGAGAGUCCGGCGGAACGAUGUCGGAAGAUUACGAAGUCGGAGGCUGCAGCGUCCCGGAAGAGGAGACGGGCUCGAAUCUGCCGACAUGGGAAGCGGUGGCAGCCACGUUAACUUUGGGCUUCCUCGUGUUGGCGACGGUGUUUGGAAACGCACUGGUGAUUCUGAGCGUGUUCACGUACAGGCCACUUCGGAUUGUCCAGAACUUCUUCAUCGUCUCGCUGGCGGUGGCCGAUCUCGCGGUGGCGAUCCUCGUAAUGCCAUUUAACGUAGCCUACCUGCUACUGGGCAAAUGGAUCUUCGGCAUUCAUCUGUGCAAGCUGUGGCUGACGUGCGACGUGCUCUGUUGCACCGCCAGUAUCCUCAAUUUAUGCGCCAUCGCGCUGGAUCGUUAUUGGGCGAUCACCGAUCCGAUUAAUUACGCCCAGAAACGCACCCUGAAACGAGUCCUCGGGACAAUCGCUGGCGUGUGGAUCCUCUCGGGUGCGAUCAGCUCGCCGCCGUUAGCCGGUUGGAACGACUGGCCGGAGGAAUUGGAACCGGGCACUCCCUGUCAGCUUACCAGACGGCAGGGCUACGUUAUAUACUCGUCUUUGGGCUCAUUCUUUAUACCGUUGCUACUGAUGAGCCUGGUUUACCUGGAGAUCUUCUUGGCGACGCGUAGGAGACUGCGAGAACGGGCCCGACAGAGCAGGCUGGGUCCGGUGCAGUCGACCAGACACCGCGAGACCGACGAUGCCGAGGAGUCGGUCAGCUCAGAGACGAAUCACAAUGAACGCUCGACGCCCCGUCUACAGGCGAAGCCAUCGCUGAUCGAUGACGAGCCCACCGAAGUGACGAUAGGUGACAACGAUCGUCGUACCACUGCGUCCACCAGGCGAGGUGCCGGCGCCGGCGAUGCCAUCCCUGACACCUCGACCGUCUACCAGUUCAUCGAGGAGCGACAGCGGAUCUCGUUGUCGAAGGAAAGACGCGCGGCGAGAACCCUGGGGGUCAUCAUGGGUGUCUUCGUCGUCUGCUGGCUGCCGUUCUUCCUCAUGUACGUCAUUGUGCCGUUUUGUCCGGCCUGCUGCCCCUCUGAGAGGAUGGUGUACUUUAUCACGUGGCUCGGCUACGUCAACAGCGCUCUGAACCCCUUGAUCUACACGAUCUUCAAUCUUGAUUAUAGAAGGGCGUUCAGGCGGCUGUUGCGAAUCCGCUGAGAGCUCUCGCGGCCGUCGCGUUUGGCCCUUGGGCUUUGGCAGACGAGGGGGAUCCUCGCGAUUUCGUUCGGCGUUCAGUCGUCCGAAUCUCUUUCGCCGUUCGCGAGCCACGCGGCACCUCGAGCGGUGAUCGGUUAUAAUAGCCUCUACGUCACGACUUCUAUACUCUCACGGGAUUUCCGUCUGCUAGCCAACAGGAGUCGUUAUAGUAAGUUCUUCGUCCAGGGAAAAGCGCGUCGCUCGUCGUAAUCAUGCCGGGGGUGGCGAUACGUCGUAAUUAAUGGUUAAAUUCAGAUGUCUCGCUUACCCCGAUCGCUUGUUCGCGCACACAGCUCGUUAUGUUACGCGGCGAAAACUUGACGGCUUGACGCAGUCAGGACAGAGACGACGAUGAUGGCCGACGAGUUAAACGAAACGACGAAGCGUCGCGGAGCGUGAACUCCGGAGUAAGUAAGUUAUCAGUAAAUUCGCAGGAUUAUUACCGUUUUACACCAAGUUACGAACUAACUCUACGAAACUUGAUAAUUUAUUUUCCUCUACCACGUUUAAUUAAGGUAUCGAUCCUAUUAACCUGAAUAAUUACGUUUAUCCGGUGAGUAGCGAUGAAGAAAGCACGGCCAUAAUUCUCUAUACCAAAGAAACGCAUUACAACUAUCAUUUACGUCGUAAGAAGAGAGAAAUAUACGCAAAUUUUUCUCAGACGGUAAAUUUUGAUGUCGUAAACGUACAUAACGGAAGAUUAAAGAUUGUUUCCGCGAAAAUUAUUGGAAUUGGGUAGAACCAAUUAAUCUAUCUCCCUAGUAUAUACUUGACUCCUAAAUCAAACAUUCACCAAGUUUUUGAAUUAUUACACGACUUUCAAAGUAAAUUUCUUUUUUUAUGGAACGAAAAGUUGAACGCCAUAAGAAUCUUGAAAAUUUUCUUCAACUAGUAUAACGGAUUGCCAUGGCUUCGAGAGAGCCCGAAGAACGAUGUGCACUUACCGUCGGUACUUUACCCCUGAAAAUUUAUCAGGAAUCUCAAGAAGACGCGUCGAGAAAAUAGAUGGUUUCAUUCUAGAAAUUCACGAAGCGCAUCGCAAUCAAGAUUGGCAGCCGAGCCGGCGGCUAAUCCGGCCCUGAAGAGCUUUCAAGGGCGAAAAUUGAAGGGAAACUUUCUGCGGGAGUGAUAAAGGAAAUUAUGAUUCCCUGUGCUGGUCGGCGUGGCGAUCACC